CAUCAGCUACAUAUAUACUAUAUAAUCUGUGGUCAACAUUUAAUUUGUUAAUAUUUCUGAUACGCUAUUACGUUUACGGAUUAUCUAUAAUUUCAAAGAAAAGUCCCGGUGGAUAAUAUCUUCAAUCGUUCAAAAUCGGUGAGACAGAAGAAAAGCGAAAAGUGCCAGACAUGUUGCAGAAAAUAUUGAGAUAUGACGUACAAAUCACUAAAAAGUUUGUUGAAAUGUCUCAAAACAUAACUGCUUUAAGAUCACUUAGAAUACAUUCAAAGUUCUUAGAGUUAUCAUGUCAUGGCAUUGUAUGGCUGGCCGGUUGGCUCACAUUUAUUUGGUUGUUUAACAAUAAGGAAUUACAUCAACUACAGUUUAACAUGUUAUUUGCACUAAUUUUAGACAUCAUAGUAAUCGCGGUAAUGAAAGCCUUUGUAAGGAGACGUCGCCCUAUUCCAAUGAAUAAAAUGUUACCUGGCAACCCGGAUAAAUAUUCAUUUCCUUCAGGUCAUACAAGUAGAGCUGUCUUGGUUGCUUUCAUAUUGAUUUCUAUAGAUCCUAUUUAUUUCAUCUUUUACCCACCUCUGCUUGCUUGGGUUGGAGCCGUUGCUUUGUCGAGGGUAUUGGCAGAAAGGCACUACUUCUUGGACGUAUUUGGCGGUAUGGGUAUCGGAUUACUUGAAGGUAUAUUCAUGUCUCUGAUUUGGUUCUCUCAAAGUGUAGCUACAAGUUUUAUUACAUCUUUGGCCAAUGAAAAGAAAGAUGGAGGAGAGUACCAUGUUUAAGUUUUGUAUUUGUUUUCAAUUUCAUUGUAAAAAAAUAAAAAAAAAUUUUAUUUAACAAA